AUGGCGGCAGCAAGCUGGUACCACCGGGACAUCAGCCGGGUGGUGGCAGAGGAGCUGCUGGCCAAGGCUGGGCGGGAUGGCUGCUUCCUGGUGCGGGACAGCGAGUCGGUCUCUGGGGCAUAUGCCCUCUGUCUUCUGUUCCAGCGGCAUGUUCACACCUACCGCAUCCUUCCUGAUGACGAGGGGCUGCUCUCAGUCCAGACCAUUCAGGGCAUCCAGGCCAAGUGCUUCCGAACCCUGCCCGACCUGAUUGGUGCCUACCAGCAGCCCAACAACGGGCUGGUGACACCCCUGCUCUACCCGGUGCACCGGCCGAGGCAGGCGGCCGACGAGGACUCGGAUGGGGAGGACGGCCGAGGUGGUGGGCGUGUGGCAAGCACAGUCCUGGCUGGUGCAGCUGGCAUGGGCACGUGGCUCGGUGCUCCUGGGGCCAGCCGGACCCACAUCUCGCAGCAGCUGCACCAGAGGCUGCAGGAGCAGGUCCACAGCAGCCCAGACAGUGACUUCAUGGGCUUCAUGGCCGAGUACCUGAACCACCACCUGCAGCUGGACCUGGAGGCGCUUCGCCACGGGCACCCGCAGCUGCGGCACCUCAGCACCGCACUCGUCACUGCUUGCCGGGCACUGCACAGUGAGAUUGACUUCACACUGGCAGGGCUGGAGACUCUGGCCAGGGUGUUUGACCCCCCUGUGUCCCCUGGUAGCCCAGUCAGGGAGCAGGGUCUCCUAACCAGCGAUCCAGACCUUGAGCUGCUCCUCAACAAGAUAUCUGCUGUCAACCAUCUCCUAUCUUCUCUGGAGAAAAAGGUGCUGAAGUCACUGCAGGAGACCGUGUCCAGGCACAACCUGGUACUGCCCAGUGUGGCAGCAGCCCCUCCACCAACUGCCAAGCCCUUGGCUACACAGAGCUUCGAGGUGAAGGUGGGCAAGUCGCAGAGGGCAGCCCUGACAGUGGAUGUGGAGGCAGGCAUGGUGGCCAUCAGCAAGAGGGGCAGCGGGUCCCCGGAGGAGACCAUCCCACAGGACAAAAUCCUGCAGCUGAUCAAAUACCAGAGCGUGCAAAGCAAGGUGAGGCUGGUGUACAGCCGGGAGCUGCAGAAGAGCCUGAGCAGAGACUUUGUCUUCACCAGUGCACGGAAGCGAGAGGCCUUUUGCCAGCUGCUCCAGCUAAUGAGGAUCCAGCACUCCAACCUGAACGAGCCUGACCUCAUCUCGGUGUAUGUGGGGACGUGGAACAUGGGCAGCACACCCCCACCCCGCUCCCUCGCCUCCUGGCUGACCUCCAGGGGCUUGGGGCACACGCAGGAUGAGACUACCGCCUGCAUCCCCCAUGACAUCUACGUCAUCGGCACCCAGGAGAACUCCCUGGGCGACCGCGAGUGGGUGGAGUUCCUCCGUGCCUCUCUGAAGACCCUGAUGGCCAUCGACUACCGAAUGGUCGCCCUGCAGUGCCUCUGGAGCAUCAAGAUCGUGGUGCUGGUGAAGCCAGAGCACGAGCGGCGCAUCAGCCACGUCCACACCUCCAGCGUGAAAACUGGCAUCGCCAACACACUGGGGAACAAAGGAGCUGUGGGUGUCUCCUUCCUCUUCAACGGGACCUCCUUUGGCUUUGUCAACUGCCACCUGGCCUCUGGUAGUGAGAAGACCCACAGACGUAACCAGAACUACAGUGACAUCCUGCGCUCCCUGGUGCUGGGGGACAAGCAGCUGGGGGGCUUUGACCUCACCCUGCGCUUCACUCACCUCUUCUGGUUUGGGGACCUCAACUACCGCCUGGAUAUGGACGUGCAGGACAUCCUUGCCCAUAUAACCAAGAAGGAGUUUGAAGCCUUGCUGGCUGUUGACCAGCUGAACCUGGAGCGGGAGAAGAACAAAGUCUUCCUGCGGUUCAGUGAGGGUGACAUCUCCUUCCCACCCACGUACCGGUACGAGCGAGGCUCCCGGGACAGCUACCUGUGGCAGAAGUUCAAGCCCACAGGGGCGAGGAUCAGUGUCCCCUCAUGGUGUGACCGCAUCCUGUGGAAGUCACACCCAGAGACCCAUGUGGUCUGUAACUCCUACGGCUGCACUGAUGACAUCGUGACCAGUGACCACUCACCUGUCUUCGCCACCUUUGAGGUGGGAGUGACAUCGCAGUUUGUGCCCAAGAAGCCUCCUGGAUCUGAAUCUGGCCCUGAGCCCCUGGCCUGCAUCGAGUGGGAGAGCGUUGAGGUGAUUGUGAAAACCACCAGCUGCAGCAAGUGCUACAUUGAGUUUCACUCCUACUGCCUGGAGGAGGCCCAGCGGAGUGGGGAGAACACCUCCCAGAGCUGUGACAUCCCUGGCUUCCUCAAGCUGGGCUGGGCUGCAAAGCAUCUGCCUGUGUUAAAUCCCAUCCUGUCAGACCUGGAGUACCUUGGGGACCAACACCUGCUCCUCAGCAUCAAGGGUGUGGAGAGCUGCGAAUCCUAUGGUGAGUGCUGUAUCGCAAUGAGGUCCAUGAUUGGCAGCAUGGCCCAGCAGUUUGAGACCUUCCUCUUCCACCGUGGCGAGGAGACAGGCUCCAUACGCGGCUGGAUGAAGGUCCGGGUCCCUAAGGACAGACGCAGCACCCGGGAGAGGCUCUAUGAGUGGAUCAGCUUCGAGGAGGAGGAUGGUGAGCCAGCAGCAGACAGCCCAACAUGCCCUAAGCCACCCGUGCAGAGCCGUCCCCGCAGUCUCCCCGAGCCAGCUGCUGGCUACACCAACCCAGCCUACUUCAUCUUUGAGGGCAUCCCCAGCACGCGGGUGCCAGGCCCUGCUGCUGGCGAUGCCCAUGACAAGCAGGCAGAGAGCCCGGCCAGGGGCCAGCAGCACUUGAGCCCCCUCGGAGCAAGGGUCCCUUCACCCUCAGAAGAGCAGGGUGGUGGCCAGCCCCAGUGUGUGCCAGGGCACUUAUCCCAUAGGCAUCUGCUCAGCCCCCCUGGUAUGGGCCAGCAGAAGAGACCCAAAUCAGCCAUCCUGGCGAGGGACACACCAGGGCUGGGGGACUGCUCACUGACAGCGCUGCACAUGGCCACCUACCUGAGCCAGCUGGACCAGUUGUCACCAGAUCAUGGAGGGGGCAGCCAGAAGACUCUGCUGUGCCAGACUCACAGCGCCCUGGAGCCACCCCCGCGGCCUUGCCGGGAGGUACCAAGGCGUCCACUGGAUGCUCGCCAGCAUGGCCACCCUGGAGAGUGGCCCUGUGACAGGAGUGAGCAGUCCCGUGAUGUCAGCAGGUGCGUGGGUCACCUUGGCUUGCAGCAGAAUGAGGAAGGGCUGCAGAAGCAUGGCUGGGACCACCUGGAGACCUUCAGCCAUUUGUCACCAGCGUGCCCUGUUUAUGCCAAUGCUGACUUGCUGGCACAGCAUCCAUCCUUCGCCCACCUGCAUGCUCACAAAGGGGUUAAAUCUCCUGGCCAGGCUGGCCUCAAGGUGGCAGUGGCCACCUUUGUCCCCAGGAUUGCCCCGCAGGCCUGGGGUGCCAGCAUGCCCCAGGUGGGCAAGGAGGCUGCCCUGGGGUGGGCAAAAAGCCAUGGUCCCCACGGGCGGGGUGAUGUGGUCCUCGUGGAUGAGAACUGA